GUCCCAUCCCCGCGCCUGCUUCUCUGACUGGGGUGAGGCCGCAGCGGACUGCCCUUUCCCAAGAUGGCGUCGAAGAUAGGUUCGAGACGGUGGAUGUUGCAGCUGAUCAUGCAGUUGGGUUCGGUGCUGCUCACACGCUGCCCCUUUUGGGGCUGCUUCAGCCAGCUCAUGCUGUACGCUGAGAGGGCUGAGGCACGCCGGAAGCCCGACAUCCCAGUGCCUUACCUGUAUUUCGACAUGGGGGCGGCCGUGCUGUGCGCUAGUUUCAUGUCCUUUGGCGUGAAGCGGCGCUGGUUCGCGCUCGGGGCCGCACUCCAAUUGGCCAUUAGCACCUACGCCGCCUACAUCGGGGGCUACGUCCACUACGGGGACUGGCUGAAGGUCCGUAUGUACUCGCGCACAGUUGCCAUCAUCGGCGGCUUUCUUGUGUUGGCCAGCGGUGCUGGGGAGCUGUACCGCCGGAAACCUCGCAGCCGCUCCCUGCAGUCCACCGGCCAGGUGUUCCUGGGUAUCUACCUCAUCUGUGUGGCCUACUCACUGCAGCACAGCAAGGAGGACCGGCUGGCGUAUCUGAACCAUCUCCCAGGAGGGGAGCUGAUGAUCCAGCUGUUCUUCGUGCUGUAUGGCAUCCUGGCCCUGGCCUUUCUGUCAGGCUACUACGUGACCCUCGCUGCCCAGAUCCUGGCUGUACUGCUGCCCCCUGUCAUGCUGCUCAUUGAUGGCAAUGUUGCUUACUGGCACAACACGCGGCGUGUUGAGUUCUGGAACCAGAUGAAGCUCCUUGGAGAGAGUGUGGGCAUCUUCGGAACUGCUGUCAUCCUGGCCACUGAUGGCUGAGUUUUAUGGCAAGAGGCUGAGAUCGGCACAGGGAGCCACUGAGGGUCACCCUGCCUUCCUCCUUGCUGGCCCAGCUGCUGUUUAUUUAUGCUUUUUGGUCUGUUUGUUUGAUCUUUUGCUUUUUUAAAAUUGUUUUUUGCAGUUAAGAGGCAGCUCAUUUGUCCAAAUUUCUGGGCUCAGCGCUUGGGAGGGCAGGAGCCCUGGCACUAAUGCUGUACAGGUUUUUUUCCUGUUAGGAGAGCUGAGGCCAGCUGCCCACUGAGUCUCCUGUCCCUGAGAAGGGAGUAUGGCAGGGCUGGGAUGCGGCUACUGAGAGUGGGAGAGUGGGAGACAGAGGAGAGAAGAUGGAGAUUGGAAGUGAGCAAAUGUGAAAAAUUCCUCUUUGAACCUGGCAGAUGCAGCUAGGCUCUGCAGUGCUGUUUGGAGACUGUGAGAGGGAGUGUGUGUGUUGACACAUGUGGAUCAGGCCCAGGAGGGGCACAGGGGCUGAGCACUACAGAAGUCACAUGGGUUCUCAGGGUAUGCCAGGGGCAGAAACAGUGCCGGCUCUCUGUCACUCACCUUGAGAGUGGAGCAGACCCUGUUCUGCUCUGGGCUGUGAAGGGGUGGAGCAGGCAGUGGCCAGCUUUGCCCUUCCUGCUGUCUCUGUUUCUAGCUCCAUGGUUGGCCUGGUGGGGGUGGAGUUCCCUCCCAAACACCAGACCACACAGUCCUCCAAAAAUAAACAUUUUAUAUAGACA